CACACGAGCUGCUCUGCUCAGGCAGCGAUGCUUGUUCCUAUAGCAACAACCUCUCGCGCACAUCCGCCGCCUCCACCAACGUCUCGCACGGAUCCGCGCGACCCUCUCCUCCUCCCCACUGCAUAACAGCAUCCCUCUGUCAACAGGAUAUUUCCUGAGACGGAAAUACGACGGGGGAAGGAAAAUGGCGCUCAUCCCAUCACAGAUCCUCAGAGUAGCGAUACUCCUCUCUUAUUUUUCUAUCCUCUGCAAUUACAAAGCCAUAGACAUGCCCGCGCAUCAAACAUACGGCGGUAGCUGGAAGUUUCUUACGUUCAUAGAUUUGGUCAUUCAGGCGGUGUUCUUUGGAGUGUGUGUCCUGACGGACCUCUCAAGCCUUUUGACAAAAGGCAGUGCCAGUAUGGAGCAAGAGAGACAGUUGAGGAAGCUGAUUGGCUUACGAGACUGGAUGAUGGCUGUUCUGGCCUUUCCCGUUGGUGUGUUUGUGGUGACUAUGUUCUGGGCUCUUUACCUAUAUGACAGAGAUUUGGUUUACCCAAGACUCCUGGACAACUUUAUACCACAGUGGCUAAACCAUGGCAUGCACACAACAGUUCUUCCUUUCAUCAUAAUUGAGAUGAGAACAACACACCAUCGAUAUCCCAGCAGGUCCUGUGGACUCUUGGCGGUGUGCACGUUUGCUGUGGGAUAUGUUGUAUGGAUGUGCUGGGUGCACAGCAUGACGGGGGUGUGGGUUUAUCCUUUGCUGGAGCACAUCGGGCCCAUGGCCAGAAUUUUCUUCUUCAUCUGCCUCACGGCUCUGAUCAACGUCUACUACGUUUUGGGAGAAAUCCUGAACAACUACAUCUGGGAUUCCUCAAAGAGCACUCUAGAAUCAGACAAGACCAAAAUGGACUGAAGACCCUUGCCUCCUUCUCUUCUUUGGAGUUCAAACCAAUAUUUAUCUCAUCCUCAUUACUGCCCCUUAACUAAAGCACAGACCUGUAUUGGCUUGAAAAUUAAAUUGAAUAAUUCAUGUAUUUAAUUUAUGGUAUGAGGGAAUCAGAGGGAAAUGAUAGGUG